AUGGCGAGUGUGGCUGCCAGUGAUAGCGAGGCUCCAGGGGAGUUUAACUGCCCCAUCUGCCUGGACACCUUCCGCUGCCCCUGCACACUCAGCUGCGGCCACUCGUUCUGCCUCAAGUGCGUGGAGGACGCCUGGGAUACGGCAGAGUUAUUCUCCUGCCCACAGUGCCGAGUGACUUUCCCUCGGAGGCCAAAGCUGAACAAGAGCGUGACACUCACCAACCUCAUCGAGCAGCUGCGAGUGGAUGAGAAGUUGGCAAAGUUUAGUGACCACGUCCUGGUGUCGCCCGGUGUGAACCUGGAGAAUCGACGGUGCGUGGAGCAUGGUGACGAGUACUGCUUCUAUUGCAUUAACGACGGACGCCUCGUCUGCAGGGACUGCACCGUCUCUGUGGAUCAUCGAGGGCACGAGCUCGUCACUCUGAAGGUGGAGCACGAUAAACGAAAGAAACAAGUGGGAGAGGAGACGCAGGCGGUGGAGGAGAAGAGGAGGAAGGCGGAGGAGUUCGUGAAGAAGAUGGAGGCCGCUCGGAGGGACGUACAGAUGUGUACAGGGCCCAGGGCCAACAGCAGAGUGAGUGGGGUGACAAGGGAGAGGAAGAAGCUGAUGACGAAGUUUCACCCCGUACCGAGGUGGAACUGCACCCAGGGAUCCAUGACAAAUGAAAAGGCCUCAAUCUCGGUCAGAUUCGCCCACGCGAGAGCAGCGUUGGAUGCGGAGGAGAAAGCGGCUUUAGAGCAAGCGGAGCAGAAAGGGCGCGAGGUGCUGACCCAGAUCGAGAAGAAGAUCGCUCGCCACCAGCGGGAGAUCAGCGAGCUCCAGGCAGCAGCAACUCGCUUGGAGGCCCUAGCACAUGAGAGGGACUCGCUCGCUUUCCUACAGGGGCACGUGGAGGAGAUGCGCAGGGCAGGGAGGGCUACAGCAGCUCCACCUUCAGCUCCCAGCCAAGAGGACUUUGCUUCAUUUAAAGUCCUGAAGACAACUGCAGUCAAACUCCUAUACGGACGCUCACCGACUCUGGACACAAAAUCAGCUCAUAACUACCUCCAGAUCUCCUCGGAUCUCAGGACGAUGAUGCUGACCCGUGCCUCCCAGGAUCGCCCUGAUCACCCACACCGGUUUGAUGGCUGUGUACAAGCCCUGUGCCGUGAGAGCUUCUCGUCGGGCCACCACUACUGGGAGGUGGACGUGGGGGAUGCGGAGUGGUGGCGGGUUGGAGUCGCGUACGGGACGAUCCCACGGAAAGGAAGUGGUGAAGCACAGCUGCUGGGAGAGAGCGGCGACUCCUGGUGUUUAGAGAAAUGGUAUAACAGCUUCUCAGUGUUUCAUGGUGGAGUGGCGACUGCACUGUCGGUGAGGGGGGCCCCCUCCCCCCGCAGAAUCGGGCUUCACCUGCACUGGGAAGGGGGGCUCCUGGCGUUUUACCACGCCGACUCCAUGGAGGUGAUCCAUGAGGUUCGGCAGAGAUUCUUGCAGCCUCUCUACCCUGGGAUGUUGGUGGGAUGUUGUAAUGAUCCAUUGAAGAUCGUGGAUCUGAGUCGUGAAUCCUGA